UCCCAAAGUUUCUUUUAGAAAUUCCGACCGCCAAACAAGCCUCUCGCUACCGCUCUGUUCCAGCUUCGUGUCUCUCUUCCUCCUAUUUUAUCCGCCUCCUCUCCCCCCUCCUCCAGUUGCCGGUCCAACUCUGCUCUUGUCUUCAAGUUUCCAACAGACCAGGAUAUUAAAUAAGUGAUGGCAACUUCAAGCUUGAAGGAAUAUCUAAAACGAUACGAGACCAAAAAUGAAGAAGAGGAACAGAAGAAGAAAAGGAAGAAAAAGAAGAAAACCAAACCCGAAUCCUCAGGCGUGUUGGUUGUUGAUGAAGACCCGGUCUGGCAAAAACCUGUUCAGGUUGAAGACGAUGAUGGCAAUGAUUCACCUGAUGAGAUGCCCGUAGUAGAUGAAGAUAUCGAAGUGAAAAGAAUGAAAAAGCUAGAGCAGAUUAGGUUGAGGAGGGGAUACAAUACUAUUGCUGAAGACGGUAGUGGAUGGGUCUCGCUUUCUCCUAAACGCGCUAACACAGUGGAUCCUAUUUCUGAUAUUUCCCCUUCUCGUAGGCAGCGGACACAAAAUGACACACCUUCUCCAGAACAUGAGUUGAGGCAUUCAAAAUCUGAAAUAGAAGUUAAGGAUUUGUCAGCACCAAGGAGAAGUAGGGAUGAUUUAUCACCUUCUUGUAGGAGGGCAUCUAGGACUGAUUUACCAGAACCUCAAGUCAAGGCAUCUAGAGAUGAUACUGAUUUAUCUCCUCCACGAAAACGGAUGGUUCGGAAUGACACACCAUCACCUGAACCUUUAGUAAACAGAGCAGAUGGUACUGAUUUAUCACCUCCACGGAGACGGAGGGUUCGGAAUGAUAUACAAUCACCAAAACCUUUAGUAAACAGAGCCGAUGGUACUGAUUUAUCUCCUCCUAGGAAACGGAGAGCUCGGAAUGAUACACCUUCACCAGAACCUUUAGUAAACAGAGCAGAUGCUGAUUUAUCACCACCUCGGAAACGGAGGGUGAGAAAUGAUACACCUUCACCGAAACGGAGGGUGAAGCUUUUGAGAGAAGGUACUGAUAAUGAUAUGUCACCUCCACGGCAAAGGUCAAGAUAUCAACAUACACAAUCACCCGAGCCUGAUAUGCUCCCACCUAGACAAUCUCGUGGUCAAACAUCCGAGUUAGUUCAUGAUUCAGAUCUUUCCCCUCCAAGGAAAAGUAAGAGGGAAUCAACUGGUCCUGCUUCUUUGAAAGAGAAAUCAAAAACUGGUUUAAUUUCUGGCAGUGAGAUCCGAGAAGAAAUUUCCAAAACAAAGAAGGAUAAUUGGUUAAGGUUUAAGGAGAUGGAUCCAUCUGUAAGCGGACGAGGUGCUGAACCUGUAUUUCGUGAUAAGAUAAAAGGGGAACGCGUAUCAAAAGAAGAGUACCUUAAGUCAAAACGGAAAGGAGGAGAAGAUAAGCCUAAGGAGAAAGAGUUGGAAUGGGGCAAAGGCUUAGCCCAGAAACGGGAAGCCGAGGCAAGGUUGCAAGAAUUAGAACUCGAGAAGAAUAAACCAUUUGCUCGAACCAGGGAUGACCCAGAGCUCGACAAUAUGUUGAAGGAUAGACUAAGAUGGGGUGAUCCUAUGGCACAGCUGGUCAAGAAAAAGCAACCUGAGCCAGUUCUUAAAGACCUAGGGGAUGCUGAGAAGAUGAAGGAAUCAGGGUUUAUAGUUCCUCAAGAUAUCCCUCCACAUAGUUGGAUUGUAAGAAAAUUAGAUGCCGCGCCCAAUCGAUAUGGUAUAAGACCAGGAAGGCAUUGGGACGGAGUUGAUCGCAGCAAUGGUUUUGAGAAGAAAAUGUUCACCAAAUUGAACGAGAAACAGGCAACGGAAAGGGAAGCAUACCUCUGGUCCGUGUCGGACAUGUAAUCAGGGGCAUCCAUAUUAGCUCUCUGGUUGGUGACAGAUUCAUAAUUUGCCUCAUUUCUUUCGAUUAUGAUUAUUGACUGUUAGAUCUUGACAUGGUGUAUCAUCAUCUCUAAUCAAUUUUCAUAUACUUUUGAAUGUCAAUUUUAUAGGUUUCGUGCUUCCUUGAGCUAUGAUUUUGGCAUCUAU